AGUUAACACAUUUCAGGGAUUAUAGCAACAAUAGAUCAUUGACUCUACCUGUAAAAUAGCCUAACCUCACAACAAACUUUGAAUCAGUGAAAUCUACAAUUGAAAAAUGUUCAAAAAUCUUUCUGCUAUUUUCCUUUUGGUUUUGAUGCCGAUCCUGGCGCAACAAAAUAGCCUCGGCCAUCAAACACCAACAUUUCCUGUACCUGGAGAGACACACAGCCAGAAGGCACAGAGCCUGAUGCAGCGGUUCACCAACAAGAAUUCCGUCAAAGUGUUUUGUUUGAAAGCGGAGCCAUUUUCCUUUUGGACGAUUUUCAAAAGCAAUUGCUUCCAUUUGGAAAUCGAAGAAGGGGCGGAGUACAGUCAGUACAUGGAGGAGACAGACUAUAAGAUCUACGAGGCCCAUGAGCAGCAACAGGAGUGGGCCGAGGGCAAGGCCAUGGCGGCCAAGGAUAAGUACAUCAAUUUGAGGGCCAAUAAGCCUGUCUGCUAUGGGGUCUACACGGACCACGAGUUCAAACUGACUCUGGAGACCACCAACACCGACAAGUGGCGUGUGACAAAGUUCUGCCUAGGCUUCCUCCUGUGGCGGGCUGCGCCACGCGUCGAGGCCUCUCGCCGUUUGCUGUACGGCCUGGCGGCAUUCCUGGGGUUCCAACUGGGCACCUGGAUAACGAUUUACUAUACUGGACAUCUCCGGCUGGUGCUCGAGGGAUCCCUGUCGAUGGCGUUGCACGAGGUCUUCUACGAGCGGCCCAGCAUGUUGGUUCGGGCUUUCUUUGCCUGCUGGUGUGCCCUCUGUGUGGUCUUCCAGCGGCUAGAUAAUCGCCAUACUGGUCGCAUCAAUCGUUGCAUUCUCAGAGGCAUCGCCUGUUGGUUGAUCUUCAGUGCCUCGGAUCACCAGUCAAUCGGCCUCGUCUGUGUUGUCUGCGUCUUUCUCCAUCCCAUAAUCUGGGCGAUGCUCCGUUCCAAGACUCCGGCUGGGCAGGAAAACGACCAACAGCAGCUUGCCCAGACAUUCUCGGGUAUAAUCCAGACAAGGAUUUCCGCUUCUCAAGGGACUGGACAGGAGCCACUGAUAUAUCACACCAGCGGGGAUUCGAUCGUCUUCAGGGAACGCCUUGCCCCCACCGAUCCCACACCGCCGCCUGCGGUGGACUAAAAAAUGAACCUAAACGCUACACGCGAUCAAUGGUGAUCCUCCCAGAAGGAUCGCCUCUACACCUCUAAACCACAAGAUAUACGCAAGAAAAACGAGGGUAAUCAGCGGGGGAUGAUGGGAGGGGAAAAGCCCAAGCAAACUGAAAGAAAGGAGGCAAAACUGGAGGGAAAUGCAUUUGAUAAUUGAAAAGCAAAGCGCACAAACACACACGAGGCAGGCAGUAGGCAGCACGCAACACGCAGCAGGCAGCAGAAGCACACGUGGAAAACCUACAUCAUUUUCAGAGGAGAAAAACCUUUUCACACAGGGAUAGAGAGAGCGAGAGAGAGAGAGAGAGAGAGGAAAGUGCCCUCAAGGCAGCGGGCGGACAAGGCAGGACACGAGAAAUCGAAUCGGAAGCCAAAGGAUGGAACAUUUCAACAUUUUGCCAUGGAAACACACUUUGGGGGGUGGCGGAGAUGGGGCAGCGGGGGCGUGGCAAGCAAAGUGAUUCGAAAGGCAGCACAAAGUGGAGUCCAAGGAGGGAGCCCACAAACGGAAGCUGGCGUCCUGCCGCCCAAGCCAACGCCAGUCGAAGAAAUAAGCCCUAGGAAUACAGUCCGGGCCAUACAAAAAGCACAGGGAAUCAUCAUAGGGAUAUGAAACAAAGUUUGGCUAAAGAGGGGGCUAAUUUAUGCUCUAGAAUUUUUAUAUUUGAUCAAUAAAGGGAUACAAAUUGGGGGAAAUUCUGCGUUU